UCGCCGCUCCGUUUUCUACGCCCCGGACCCCCGCCACGGACAACAACACAGAGACGCGCCGGGAAUCCGACUCCUUCCUUUUUUUCCCCCAAAAAAUCCCCUUUUUGGUCCAUUUUGAGGGAUUUUCUCGACGCCGAGCCAAACUGAAAAAUGGCGGAAGAUGGAGAGCCAACUACCGGUACCAUGGCUGUUGAGGAGCCCCUAGACCUCAUCCGCUUGUCGCUGGACGAGAGGAUCUACGUCAAGAUGCGCAAUGAGAGAGAGCUUAGAGGACGUCUGCAUGCGUAUGACCAGCACCUCAACAUGAUUCUAGGGGACGUGGAAGAGACUGUGACGUCAGUGGAGGUUGACGACGAAACUUUUGAAGAGGUUUACAAAACAACGAGGAGGAAUAUCCCCAUGCUAUUUGUUCGAGGCGACGGCGUGAUCCUUGUAGCUCCUCCAAUGAGAGGCGGAGGGGUAUAGGAAUUAGAAUUGCAUACUUAGUUAGAAUUAUUUCCUUGUUUUAUGGGUGGGAGGAAUGUCUAAAACCUACCUGUAAUGUCAUUAGGAUUUUAUAAUGGGUAUUGCUAAUAUUUUAUGUUAUAAUUGUGGACUUGAAAGAUUUUCAUGUAAUGGCUGGGGUCCAUGUUUCAGAUACCUUUUGUGGAAGGUAGUGUUAGAAAUGGUUUUUAAAUUCUAUUUUACAUUUUUCUAGUAUUUAUUUAUUUUUUCUUGCGAGAAGCUACCUUAUGUUCCAUAAGUAACUUAUCAUACAAUAGUAUGAAAAAAAGUCAGAACAUUUGUUUCAAGAUAGCAGUUCCCAGUUUCCACUUUUCCAAAGACUGAAAGUAGGUAAUAAAAACAAUUGCAAAGCAUUUCAGGAUUUUCAACUUAUUCAAUCCUUUUAUGAGAAGACGAUGUUAAAAAUUAAAGUGUUUAAUUAUA